AAGUAUUAUUCAACUUUUAUCAGAGCUUAGACAAACUUCUAACGUGAAUUUAGAAAAAAAUAUAUUUUAUAAUUAUACAAAAUGUCGACCGACAAGGAUUCAUCGGAGGACAUAUCAGACGACGGUGAGGAGUAUGUGGUCGAUAAGGUAGUCGGUAGGAGAAUCAACUUGCAAGACCAGCUGGAGUACCGAGUUCACUGGGAGAACUUUCCUGAUAAGGACAACACCUGGGAAAGGGCUUCCAAUUUAAAUUGUGAAGCGCUUAUAAAUGCCUUUGAAAGAAAACGCAGUCUGCAGAUCGGACAGCAGCUGAAUGCCUAUUACAAAAACAAGGCCAAGCGACUCAAGCUCGACCCACAGCUGGUUACAGACAAUCCCUUCAAUUUGGACUUUAAAGCCCAAUACAUAGUUCAGGGUUUCAAUGACCACGGAGAAAUAUCAUUCCUGAUCAAGUUCAAGGAUAUGGACGAGUUGCAAAUAGUUUCGGCAGAAAUAGCUUAUUCGGAAAUCCCUCAAAUGGUUUUACGUUUCUACGAAAAGCAUUGCAAUUUUCCAAGCCCCAGAGGCCAAGUACCUGAGACAGAUGAAGAUGAUACCAUAAUUGAUCUUACAGGAAACAAUAAUCUUCAUAAUUUUUACAGUUAAUUAUAAAUUUAAUCAGUUAAAUGUAUUACACGAACAUAGAAACACCAUUAAAUUGUGCAACUUUGGGAAACAUUACAUAUAUUAAUGAAGGCAAAAUGCCAAGUUUUAAGUGAU